AUGGAGAGCGGCCCCGGGCGCCCGCGGUCGCCGGAGCUCGGGGCGGCGCCGCGGGCCGAGUCCGCGCGCGAGGGGCGCCCCGAGAGCCCGCGGGCCGGCGGGGAGGGCGCGGGAGCCGGCGGGCCCGGGCGGGGGGCGGCGGCCGCGGGCGCGGGGGGCCUCGCGCCGCCCGUCGCCGGCCCCGCGUCGCCGCCCGCGCCCGGCGCCUCGUCCCCGGGCCCGGACUCGCGGGCGCGCGGCGUGGACGCCGCCGCUGCCCAGGAGGCGGCCCCGAGAGGGCAGCGCAAGGUGACCGCCUCUCCCGCGCCAGCCGCCGCCGCCGCCGCUGCGGGCGAGGGUCCCGCGGGCCCCUGCCGGCUCGACCCCGCGGUCCCCGGCCCCGAGCCCGGCGGCGGCGGCGACGACAGCGAGUCCAGCCCGCCCGGGGCGUCGCCGAGCCUCGACUCCCUGGGGUCCUUCUCCCACCUGCCGUCGUCCCCCAGCAGCCCCGAGGCCGAGGCCGCGGGCGAGGAGGGCGCCGAGGGCGGCGGCCCCGGCCCGGCGGGGCCCGGGCCCGGCGCGCGGCGCGGCGGGGAGGCGCUGGGCAGGGAGCGCGGCCCCGGACAGUCGGUGUACCACAUCAAGUGGAUCCAGUGGAAGGAGGAGAACACGCCCAUCAUCACCCAGAACGAGAACGGGCCCUGCCCCUUGCUGGCCAUCCUCAACGUCUUGCUCCUGGCCUGGAAGGUGAAACUUCCACCGAUGAUGGAAAUCAUAACUGCCGAACAACUGAUGGAAUAUUUAGGAGAUUACAUGCUUGAAGCAAAGCCAAAAGAAAUUUCAGAAAUUCAACGUUUAAACUAUGAGCAGAAUAUGAGUGAUGCUAUGGCAAUUUUGCACAAACUUCAAACAGGCUUGGAUGUAAAUGUGAAAUUCACUGGCGUUCGAGUAUUUGAAUAUACACCUGAAUGCAUCGUAUUUGACCUUCUUGAUAUUCCUUUGUACCAUGGGUGGUUAGUGGAUCCUCAGACUGAUGACAUUGUAAAGGCUGUUGGUAACUGCAGCUAUAACCAGCUAGUGGAGAAGAUCAUCUCCUGCAAGCAGUCAGACAGCAGUGAGCUGGUCAGUGAAGGCUUUGUAGCUGAGCAGUUUCUAAAUAACACAGCCACUCAGCUCACUUACCAUGGACUAUGUGAGCUGACGUCAACGGUCCAGGAAGGAGAGCUCUGUGUGUUCUUCCGGAAUAACCACUUCAGCACCAUGACCAAGUACGAGGGCCUAUUGUAUUUGCUAGUAACAGAUCAGGGGUUUCUGACAGAAGAGAAAGUUGUCUGGGAAAGUCUACACAAUGUUGAUGGUGACGGAAACUUCUGUGACUCAGAAUUUCAUCUUCGACCUCCUUCUGAUCCUGAAACUGUAUACAGAGGACAGCAAGAUCAGAUCGAUCAAGAUUAUCUCAUGGCAUUAUCUCUACAACAAGAACAGCAGAGCCAAGAAGUCAGCUGGGAGCAGGUUCCCGAGGGACUCAGUGACCUGGAACUGGCCAGGAGGCUGCAGGAGGAGGAGGACAGGCGCGCCUCCCAGUACUACCAGGAGCAGGAGCAGGCGGCCGCCACCGCCACGGCCGCCCCACAGGCCCAGAGUCAGCCAGCACAAGCCUCCCCAUCAAGUGCAAGGCAGCCUGGGAGUAGUGAACGCAAACGAAAAGAACCUCGAGAAAAAGAAAAAGAAAAAGAAAGAGAGAAAAAUAGCUGCGUCAUUUUGUAGCAAGUCUCAGAUUCUGUCGGAAUCAGCUAUGGCUCGAGAAUCAAAACCACAGGAGGAAAAGAAGGAAACCCGAUCAAUACCGUCUGUGCCUGAUUUCCCACUGGGUUUUGCUCGCUUUUUUGUGUGUUUCUUUUUUUCAGGGGAAAGGUUGUUACUUCAUUACAAUCAGACUUUUCCAAGUCACACAAGUACAUUCUUUCAGAGUUGUUUUAUGUUACAAGUUGGAAAUGCUGUGUGUUGGUUGUCAUUCAUGAAAAGGACUGCACUUGUAGCCAAACGAGCAAGUCACAGCAGACUUUGUGUCAUAGUGACAUCCGUCGCCCAUAUCAGUUAGUAAGCUAUUCUAACUUCUGUUCUAACGGUGAAUGGAGGUGAUUGAUUUUGUACAAUUCCUUUCUGAAACCUAAGUAUUAGCACAAUAGUUUCUGAAAUUAAUUUUUACAAUGCUAAAUUAUUAUCUAAUCCAUGAGAAACCAGGGAUUUAAUAUAGGAGUUUAGGAAGAAAAAAAUACAAAAAAAUUAACAAGAUUAAGUAAUCCUUAAUUGUAUAUUGGACUAGUUCAGCCCUUAAACAGCUUUACCUUUUCAUUAGGAAUGUACAUUUUAGAUAUUCUCUUGAGAACUGACAAUGAAACUUGGAUGUAAUUUAGAUAGAAAAAAAAUAAAGAUUUGUAUUUCUUUUCAAUAGCAAAAAAAUGCAUAACACUAAUAUUCAUAUCCUAUUGUAAUCAGAUAUUAAUGACUUUGUAGUGUUGUGAGAUUUUGAGGAAUUUUGAAGUCUUUAAUAUAGGAAAUUCGGGCCGCAGUUACUGUGUAUUAACAGUUGAUCCAUGAAUAUAAUGAGGGCACUACAGUGGAUGCUAAACCUUGUAAAUAUGGGUAGAUAGGAGAGCACAUAGGUCAAUGUCUACCUUUUUCUAGAAUUACCUUAUAACCUUAAAUUUCAAAUCAUGUUUAUUUGCAAGAGAAUUAAAUAUACGUGUUAAAAGAAGCCC